AAAAAAAAGAAAAAGAAAAUGAAAAAAAGUUGGGUUAAAGAGACAACGCAUAGAAAUGAUGAGCGCCACAAAGUAGAGAGUUAAAAUAGUGUUUUCUCCCGCGGAAAAGUUUUACUUUAUUCAAUGCUCAUAACUGGAAAGCCAAUCUCAUAACUCACUCUCAUACAUUCAUUCUUCCUUUAUAUUUAAUUAAUUAAUUAAUUAAUCUGCUCUCCUCUUAAUCUCCAAGAUCAUAAUAGUUUCUUGGAAUACAGCAGAAAUAAAUAAAUAAGAUGGUUAAAGAAACUGAAUAUUAUGAUAUUCUUGGUGUUAGUCCUUGUGCAUCCGACGACGAUAUUCGCAAAGCUUAUUAUCUUAAGGCAAGGCAAGUUCACCCUGAUAAAAAUCCAAACGACCCUCUCGCCGCUGAAAGAUUUCAGGUAUUAGGUGAAGCAUACCAAAUUCUGAGUGAUCCAGCACAAAGAGAUUCGUACGACCGUAAUGGAAAAAACUGCAUAUCCAAGGAAACAAUGCUCGAUCCUACUGCUGUUUUUGCUCUUCUUUUCGGAAGUGAACUUUUCGAAGACUACAUCGGGCAUUUAGCUGUUGCAUCAAUGGCUUCUACUGAAUUAUCGUGCGAAAGUGACAACCCCGAUAGAGUCCAUGACAGACUCAAGGGGGUCCAAAAAGAAAGGGAGGAAAAGCUUGCUAGAAAACUAAGGGAUUUUCUUCAGCAAUAUGUUCGUGGUGACAAAGACGGCUUCUUAAGACAAGCUAAAUCCGAAGCAGAGAGGCUUUCACAUUCAGAUUUUGGAGCUGAAAUUCUGCAUACAAUUGGAUAUGUAUAUACAAGACAGGCAGCACUGCAGUUAGGGAAGAAGGCUAUUUAUCUAGGGGUGCCGUUUGUGGCCGAGUGGGUUCGGAAUAAAGGGCAUUUUUGGAAGUCACAAUUUACUGCAGCGAAAGGUGCAUUUCAGUUGCUGCAACUUCAGGAAGACAUCAGACGACAAUUCAAGAUGGACGGGAGUGCCCCUGAAAACGACGUGGAAUCGCAUUUACGAUUAAAUAAAGACACACUUACGAGUUCCCUGUGGAAAUUGAAUGUGGUCGACAUCGAAAUAACUCUGCUACACGUCUGUCAAAUGGUGCUGCAAGAAAGCAACGUACGGAAAGAAGAACUGAAAACACGAGCGGUGGCUUUGAAAAUCCUGGGGAAGUUUUUUCAGAGCCCCAAGUAUAAUAAUGGUGAAGCAUCAAACAAGAAAAAUAUCGCUUCAGAGGACACCAGUUCCGAUAGCGAUAGUGAUGAAGAUGAUGACGCUACGAGAUCACUCAAUUACAGAACCCCUUUUCUUACACAGGGUAUAGGCAGACUGUUCAGGUGCCUUUGUAACCCAGCUUUCGACGUAGACGAUGAAGAAAUUGUUUACAGAGGAAGAUGAUUAUAUACUGAAUGAUUCAUUUGUUUUCGACACGUUCGAUAUGUUAUUUAAAAAGAUUACAUUAUAUUUAUCAGACCGGGUUUCGUCUGAAUUUGUUUGUACAAGAAACUAAGGAAUGUUGUUUUAAAAAAAAAAGUCUCGUGUUUGUUUUCUCUA